AUGAAAUCAUUACGAUAUUUUGAGAGGAUGAUUUGGGUUUUAUUGGGAUGUGUUACAGCAGUGACGAGUGAUUAUGUUAAUUUUUACGUCAAUGACAACAGAGCUGGCAAUAUUCUGGCGUGUCCCCAGGAUAAACUGUGCACACCCAUCGAUUAUUGUCGUGAUAUUUUGUCAUUGGUGAACGAAGGGACUUUGCCAGUUCACAGAUUUCGACAGGCUGUCUGUGGCUACAUCGGUACGAAUCCUAAGGUAUGUUGCAAUAAUCCCGGAGAUGUGAAAAAUAAUCCUUACGACCCAAGGGCAUUGGACCCAAAAAUGGAAUGUGGGAAAACGUUAGUGAGAAGUAAUGUUGUCACCAUUGGGUCUUUUCCAUUUCUUGCGAGGAUUGGAUUUAUCAAUCUGAGUGACGGAACUCUGGCAUAUCCCUGCACCGGUACUAUUAUCAAUGAAAGAACUAUUUUGACGACCGCCACGUGUGCGCUAGCGACAUCGGAAGAGUAUAAACUGCAUUCAGUGAUUCUUGGGGAUUUCGACACAUCAGAAAAUCCAGACUGCAAUCCUCUGUUCUGCGCCCACUGCGCUUCAUCCUACAACAUCUCAUUCGUCAUAAAACAUCCUAAUUUUGAAGCUGGAAAAUUCGAGCGGAACAUCGCUCUAAUCAGACUAGACGAGUCAAUCAUGUACACGUUGACAAUUCAACCAAUUUGCUACUCGGAUCGUACGUACAUCACAGUGGGGAGUCAAUCGACCUUAAUUGGAUGGGGAAGUGUGUCAAACGACAAAGAACAAUCGCCGCCAGUUCAACAGUCACUUUCAAUGCAACUCCUACGACUCCAAGACUGCGCUGAAUUUGUUAAUCAAGGGAUGAGUGUUGAAAUGUGCGCAAUUGGUAGACAAAACCCGUGCCCUGGAUUCAGUGGUAGUCCUUUGAUAAAACGAGAUGGGAACGGUUACACAGUGAUUGGAAUCUUGUCAUUUGGUGCGACAUGUGAGGUCAACAAAAAUUCACCCUCUGUCUUCAUCAAUGUCCAGAAAUAUACGAGGUGGAUCGCAGAGAAUUCAUGAAAGCGUUUUAAUUAGUUUUUUAAAUAGAAAAAUAUGUUUUAUCGGGUUGGGAGGGUACUUGCUACUUGUUGUUCUUAAAUAUAUUCAAAUAUUUUCCUCUC